CCACAUGCCAACAAACAUGAAAGGCAAGGGGGGAAAUUUCAUUCUUUAGCUACAUAUAUCUCCGCACAAUACUACACGAUAAAAUUCAUUAAUUACUGUAUAUAUGGUACUAUUUUAAUUAAGAUAAUAGUUUGUUGAGAUGCAGAUUUAUAAUAAACCCCCACAGACAGCGCAGCCAACCAUUCAUCUACUGCCAACUGCACAAGAAAAAGAAGAAGAAGAUGGGUGCUCAGUGCUCUAAGCAAGUUGAGCGACGAAAAGCUGUUCAUACUGAGAAGAAAUACUUGCAAGAUCUUCAAGGCAAGGACGGCGAUGAUUUCCCCGGUUCUGAUUACCACCCGGCUGAUCGGAAAAACUGGAUGGGAGGCCUUGACCCUGCCAAACUUGGUGUCAACCAAAUCGUGUGGCCUGGGACUCACGAUUCCGCCACAAACAAGAUUGGAAUUCCUCUCAUUUCUCGCCCCUUCGCGCAGUGCCAAUCCUUGUCAAUCUACAACCAACUGGUGACCGGUGCUCGCGUUCUUGAUAUCCGGGUUCAGGAGGACCGGAAAGUGUGCCAUGGAAUUCUCACAACCUACGGCGUUGACGUUGUCAUCAACGACGUCAAGAAGUUCCUGUCGGAGACCCAGUCGGAGAUCAUCAUCCUGGAGAUCCGUACCGAGUACGGCCACGAUGAUCCGGCCGAUUUCGACAAAUACCUGGAAGAAGAGCUGGGCGAGUAUCUAAUCCACCAGGACGACCAAGUGUUCGGCAAGACAAUCGCAGAGCUACUCCCCAAAAGAAUCAUAUGCGUUUGGAAGCCCAGGAAAGCGGCUCAACCCAAAGCAGGAGGUCCGCUAUGGAGUUCCGGGUACCUGAAAGAUAACUGGAUAGACACGGACUUGCCGGAGAAGAAAUUCGAGAGCAACAUGCAGUAUUUGAGCGAGCAGCAGCCCGUGAACUCCCGGAAAUACUUUUACAGGGUAGAGAACACGGCCACGCCUCAGGCGGAUAACCCGGUGCUGUGUGUUUAUCCGGUGACAAACAGGAUUCAUCCCUAUGCUAGACUGUUCAUAAACCAAUGCAUCUCCCAGGGCCAUGCUGAUAAGUUGCAGAUAUUUUCAACUGAUUUCAUUGACGAGGAUUUUGUGGACGCCUGUGUUGGCUUCACCAGCGCAAGGCUGGAAGGAAAAGUAUAGCUAGCUAGCUAGCUUAAAGUUAUUAUAUAUAAUAUAUAUAUAUAUAUAUGUGUGUGGGUGUGUAUAAAUUGGAUGAUGUGUGUAAAGUAAAAGUAUAUUAAAGAUCGAUGACUGAAAUGAGAGUGUUGCAUGUGUUAUUGUGGGUAGUAUACUAGUACUAGUAUUAAAUGGAGUAGUGAUUAUAUUGUUUUAGUUAUGUGAAUGUGAAGUUGAAUUGUGAUUUGUGAUGGAGUUGUAGUUACAUGGGUAAUUAUUAUUGCUCAAAAAUAUAUCUUAGCUUGUGAUAUGUAGUUGCAUGCA